AUGGCUGAGGCGCAUUCGGUCAGCAUCUACUUUGCCAGAGGAGCCUUCGAGGCAGACACGCAGACGGCCGCAAACAGCGCGAUGCUCACUCCCGCGCCGCCGUUGCAAGCCAUCCCGUAUAAGUCGUGGCAUCCGCCCUUGGCUAGUCUCCUAGUCUCUGCCUUCUUUGGAAAGAACCCAAUGUCGCCACCAAUCUCUAAACUAAGCAGCCUCUCUCUCGAGGAGAUGCCUCCGACAACCCGUGCACAGACCAGGAUGGCCAGUCAAGCAGCUCCCAGCAACUACCUGAGCGAAAGCCUCUCCAGUUCCGACGAGGAAAGUGACAACGACUACUCUGAAGACGACGAUGAGUACGAAGAGCCCUCUGCAUUCGCCAAGUCACCAACCAACCUCAUCUACAACCUCGACCAGCUUUCGGAGCAGAGCCGCCACUCUGUGCGGGACGUCUUCAAAGGAUACGCCGAGGAGAUGGGAGACCCCUUUCAAGCCAUCGCAGAUUGUCAUCUCGACGUCCUGGCCGAUGCACUCCACUGCCAGGUUGUCGAUCCAGAUGUUGGCGACGAAUUGGAUGCGCACCGCACGAUCGAGUCUCGCGAGCUCCUCUCGUCUGUGUACGAUGUCGAGCCCGAGGACUUCCGGCCGGAUAUUUUUACGAGCCCGAGGCCUGGGCGGAAGGUGGUGAAGAGGCAUGACCUCGACUGCACCGUUUUUAGGAUGCUCCUCGAUGACCAUCAUUUCUUCCAAUACUUCCUCUCGCUGUCUCGCUCGACGGAUCCCAUCAACGAUCCCUUUCGCAAAGUUUCCCAACGGGUAGACCGCAUUUUGCAGACCUUGGAUGCAUUCUACGCCGCAAAUUCUACACCGUGGCCGGAUGAAUCUCCCACAGAUGUCGCCUGGGCGGCACGACACAUCGUUGGCAGCAUUAAGCUUAUCAACUCAGCCAUAUAUACUCGUGACCGACCUCUUGAACCUCGCGAAGCUCUGUCUGCCGCCCGUACCCUCGUUCACAUACUCGAGGCGGUUGUUGCCCGCAACCACGAUGUCCGCCAGGGCGAGUCGCGGCGUGCCCGCAAUCUCUAUUUGUGUUUGCUCGGCGACCGCGAUACUGGCUUUGUUUUGGACCAGCUCAAUCUUCUCCCUGAGGCCGCGAGCCAGUUCUUGCACCGCCUCGACGCUCUUCACGACCAGAUUGGAGUGUAUGGCGCGCCCGCGACGUACGUGGAGAAGUUUCGAACGUUGUUGUCCAGGUUGAGGACGUCGACGGCCGGCGCGGGCUUGAAGAGGGGCACAGAGGGAUCACAGGGGACUCAGCGAGGGUCCAAGAGGAUGAAGUGA